CGCUAGGCAAUAAGAUCCAGAGGCGUGGCAUAACGACACCAAUCAAUUGGAAGCAGAUCUCUAGCUUGUACCCAUAGGAAAGCGAAGGAGGUUGGUUGAGUGCUGCAUCACGUGAUAGUGUAGGAAGAUGGCGGCGCAGGUAGAUGAUGAGUUUGAGGAUGCCCCAGAUGUAGAGCCACUGGAACCGACGCUAAGCAAUGUGAUUGAGCAGCGCUCCUUACGGUGGAUAUUCGUGGGAGGGAAAGGAGGCGUGGGAAAGACCACGUGUAGUUGUAGUCUGGCUGUGCAGCUGUCACGGAUACGGGAAAGUGUACUGAUCAUCUCAACUGAUCCUGCUCAUAAUAUCUCUGAUGCUUUUGACCAGAAGUUCUCCAAAGUUCCCACCAAGGUGCGAGGCUACGACAACCUCUAUGCUAUGGAAAUCGAUCCCAGCCUUGGGGUGGCCGAACUUCCUGAUGAAUUGUUUGAGGAGGACAAUAUGCUAAGUAUGGGCAAGAAGAUGAUGCAAGAAGCAAUGAGCGCUUUCCCAGGCAUUGACGAAGCAAUGAGCUAUGCAGAAGUAAUGAGGCUGGUGAAGGGUAUGAAUUUCUCUGUAGUGGUCUUUGACACAGCUCCCACAGGACACACUCUGCGGCUGCUUAACUUCCCGACCAUUGUAGAGCGAGGGCUGGGAAGGCUCAUGCAGAUCAAAAACCAGAUUAGUCCUUUUAUAUCCCAAAUGUGUAAUAUGCUUGGUCUGGGUGAUAUGAAUGCAGAUCAGCUUGCGUCCAAGUUAGAAGAAACUCUUCCAGUUAUACGAUCGGUCAGCGAACAGUUCAAAGACCCCGAGCAGACUACGUUUAUUUGUGUGUGUAUUGCUGAGUUCUUGUCACUUUAUGAAACGGAGAGAUUGAUCCAGGAGCUGGCGAAAUGUAAAAUUGAUACUCACAAUAUAAUAGUCAACCAACUGGUAUUUCCUGAACCAGAGAAACCUUGUAGGAUGUGUGAAGCCAGGCACAAAAUCCAAUCUAAAUACUUGGACCAGAUGGAAGACCUGUAUGAGGAUUUCCACAUUGUGAAGCUUCCUCUUCUCCCUCAUGAAGUUCGGGGAUCUGAAAACGUCAAUACUUUUUCCAACCUGCUCCUGGAACCCUACACUCCCCCUAGUGGUAAAUAAGAGUCGAAAUAGAGUUAAAGAGCCAAAGUACCUCUUGUCAUGCCACAAACGCUAAAACAAGAGAACUGAGGAGAUUUAAGGACGUAUCUGAAAACCCAACUUUCCUUCCACCAUCUUCCUGUUUCUCGGAGAUGUCUAGAUAUUGGGAUCCAAUGUUUUAAGUCUUCAUCUAACUUUUUUUUGCUGUCUGUGUCUAUAAUCAAAUUUUCUGUAACCUUUAUGGGUUGUAUUUUCACUUGUGAUAAUAGUUUUUGGUUGUUUUACUAGAUUUACAUGCUUCACUAUGAUUGUAUUUAAUUAAAAUGUUAUGCAGAAGUUCUGUAUGCAGUAACAACCAGAAUAAAUAAUUACAGGUUUUAAUACAAGAUAUAA